AUUUUGACGCAACCUUAUUACUACGCGAAGUCGCAGACACAACUACACACACCUAUAUAUCUAUCUAUCUAUAUCUAUAUCCAACAGUAACAAAUUCUAUAAACUCAUAAACUCACUCUUCAGAACCCUCCCUAACCCUAAUCGCUUCAAUCCAUCGCCAAAGUCUUUCCGGCCACCGGAACUUCGAAUCCCAAUUAUGGCAGAAUCUUCAACAACCUCUCCACCACCAGCCACUAAAAGCUGGGCCGAUCAAGCAGACGACGAAGAUGCCAAUCCAUCUUCAAGCUCCGCCAUCGGAACCGAAACACCUCCGAUCGAUGAAUUAAUACUCAACGAAGACAAGAAAUCGUCUUCUAAAAUGUUAGACGAUCCCGAUGACUCCAACAUUCAAGCGGUUACAUCUGGUGACACUCCUUACACGUCUGCAGCGACGUUUGAAGAGUUGUCAAUCUCGCCGGAGCUUUUGAAGGGACUCUAUGUAGAGAUGAAGUUUCAAAAACCUAGCAAAAUUCAAGCUGUAAGCUUGCCAAUGAUUCUUAAUCCUCCACAUAGGGAUUUGAUAGCGCAGGCACAUAAUGGUUCAGGAAAAACCACUUGUUUUGUGCUUGGGAUGCUUAGUCGUGUUGAUCCAACUUUGCAAGCUCCUCAAGCUCUUUGCAUUUGCCCCACUAGAGAGUUAGCUAUUCAGAAUGUUGAGGUUCUCCGUAAGAUGGGGAAGUACACAGGGAUUAGCUCAGAAUGUGCAGUUCCUAUGGACAAAAGGGAUUCAAUUCCGAUUUCAAAAAGGCCGCCUAUUUCGGCUCAGGUUGUUAUUGGUACUCCUGGCACGAUUAAGAAUUUGAUGACUCAUAAGAAACUUGGGGUGACAAGAUUGAAGAUUCUUGUUUUUGAUGAGGCCGAUCAAAUGCUCGCCGAGGAUGGAUUUAAAGAUGAUUCUCUGAGGAUAAUGAAAGAAAUAGAAAAAUUCAAUUCAAACUGUCAGGUUCUUCUGUUUUCUGCUACAUUUAAUGAUAUUGUCAAGAAUUUUGCUACAAGGAUUGUUGAGAAGAAGGAGCAUAAUAAACUUUUUGUGAAGAAAGAGGAGCUAUCUUUAGAUGCAGUGAAGCAGUACAAAGUUCGUGUUCCUGAUGAACUCGAGAAGAUUGAAGUGAUUAAAAAUUAUAUAUUUGAAAUAGGAGAGAAUGUGGGGCAAACUAUUAUAUUUGUGCGCACUAGAAAUAGUGCAAAAAUGUUGCAUAAGGCUCUUGUUGAUUUAGGCUAUGAGGUUACAUCCAUACAAGGUGCUCAAGAACAUGACGAGAGAGACAAGAUCGUCAAGGAGUUUAAAGAUGGUUUGACUCAGGUUCUUAUAUCAACUGAUCUCCUUGCCCGUGGCUUUGAUCAGCAACAGGUUAAUUUGGUUAUCAACUACGAUCUUCCAAUUAAGCAUGCUGACUACCGUGGCCGUGAACCUGAUCCUGAUUUUGAGGUGUAUUUACAUAGGGUUGGUAGGGCUGGGCGAUUUGGACGCAAGGGGGCUGUAUUUAACCUGAUAUGUGAUGAAAAGGAUGAAAAGACCGUGUCAAAGAUUGAAAAGCAUUUUGGCACACAUAUAAAAGAGGUGCAACGAAGUAAUGUUGAAGACUAUAAAGCUGCUCUUAAGGAAUCUGGUUUACUGUUUUGAAUCUCCAAAAGUUGAAGGAUUUUGAUAGCUUUGUGUUGGUCUCCUGAAUGUGCUUGGAUUACAACAUUAAAUAUUGCCAUAUCUAUGAUGCUUUGAUUAAUUAUUUUAGAGUGAUUAUGGUAUCCACACUGCGUGCUAUCUUCGGUUUCAAGUUUAUAAGUGUAUACAAACUUUGGAGUAGCAGAUUUGCAUCUUUUUUGUUGAAAGAAGUCAUCUAAUAUUAGUAUAUUCUGUAUGAGAGAUUAGUUACACUGAUUUAUGCGGAUAAAUUUUGAGUUAUAGUAGUGCUGCACAUGUGUAUUUUUUUUUUUUAACAAUGCUGAACAUGUGUAUUGAUUAUUGAAGUGCUGAAUAUUAGACCCAAGAAACAGUGGUGAAACAUAGACACAAUAAGGUCCUCUAAAAAAGAUGAUUGCUCAGCCCUUCAGUCGUUUUCUAUGAUGAUGCUAUGUGUUAUCAAUUCAACCAUUAAUUUUUUACUCA